AAAAAAAAAGAAAAAAAAAACUUUUUUUUCUCUCUCAGAUAAACAAUCUGUGGCAUCUAGAAAACACGCUUAUAUAUAUGACUCAAAAAUAUCCCUGUUUCAGUUUGUUUUGAAGAGUUGAGAAUCUUUUUGCCAUAAAAAUCUUAUACAUUUCAGCUUUUUUGCGUCUAUUGUUCUCUCUCAAGCUUGGAAAUCGCCGGUGAAGACUAUUCCAAGGGUGAUGGAGAUUGAUAAAGCAAUCAGAGAAAGUGAUGAUCGAUGGCUGAAAACAAAGUACAAUAGAGCCAUCUAUGUUAUUCAGAGAGCUCUGGCUCUUUACUCGAUCGAAGAAGUUGCCUUUAGCUUUAAUGGCGGAAAGGAUUCUACAGUUCUGCUGCACCUACUUAGGGCUGGCUACUUUUUGCAUAAAAGGGAGCAGAAUUGUGCCAGUGAGGAUCCAAAGGAUUUCCCUAUCCGAACAAUAUAUUUUGAGAGCCCAUCUGCAUUUCCUGAAAUCAACUCUUUUACUUACGAUGCUGCUGCUAACUAUGGUAUGCAAAUGGAUAUAAUUCGGUCAGAUUUCAAAUCUGGUUUGGAGGCUUUAUUGAAGUCUAAACCAAUCCGUGCCAUUUUCCUUGGCGUCCGAAUGGGUGAUCCUACAGCGGUAGGCCAAGAACAGUUCUCCCCUAGUUCGGUAGGAUGGCCUCCUUUCAUGAGAGUGAAUCCUAUCUUGGAUUGGUCGUACAGAGAUGUUUGGGCAUUUCUCUUAACAUGCAAGGUCAAAUACUGCAGUCUUUAUGAUCAAGGUUACACAUCUAUUGGGAGCAUUCAUGACACAGUUCCUAACGCAUUGUUGUGCAAUAGUAAUUCCUCGAGCAGUGAAGAAAAAUUUAGACCGGCGUAUUUACUCUCUGAUGGAAGAUUAGAGAGAGCUGGUAGAAUAAACAAAUUUUCUUCUUCAGUUUGUGGGAAAUCACCUGCCCUUAGCAAUGGCCUAAUCGCUGGGGAUUUGCAUAAAAAUAGGUUGCUCACAGCUUCAGUCAUCGCUGUGGGGGAUGAGAUCCUGCUCUGCACUGUUGAGGAUCAAUUGGGGCCUUCACUGUGUAAGAAGCUCCAUUCUAUUGGUUGGUCGGUAUCACAAACUACUGGUGUCCAGAAUGAUGUAGAUUCGGUGGCUGAAGUAGUUGAAAGGAGAAGCUCAGCUAGUGAUUUGGUAUUUAUAUAUGGAGGGAUAGGCCCACUUCAUUCGGAUGUUACUUUGGCUGGUGUCGCAAAGGCUUUUGCCGUUCGUCUGGCUCCUGAUGAAGAAUUUGAAGAAUAUCUGAGGCAGGUCGUAGGUGAUUACUGCCCUGGCGAUCGUAACGAGAUGGCCCUAUUACCUGAAGGUAUUACCGAAUUGUUGCAUCAUGAAAACCUGCCUGUGCCAUUGAUCAAGUGUAAAAAUGUGAUUGUCCUCGCUGCAACAAAUUAUACCGAGCUGCAAACACAAUGGGACUGUCUUAUCGAACUAUCGAGAUCCAGUGGUGUGUUAGCGGUGAUGAAACCGUAUGUUUUGAGGAGCUUGACAACAAGUCUUUCUGAUGUGGCAACUGCUAAACCGAUUUCAAAACUUUGCCUUGAAUUUCCAGACCUUCACAUCAGUUGUUAUCGCGAAUCUCUUUAUGGACCUCUUGUAGUUAGUUUCAGAGGCAGGGACCAAGCGCGGAUUGAAUUGGCCGCGGAAGCAUUGCGCAAGAAAUUCGAACCUGGAGCAUUCGCUGAAAUUAAUUCAAGUUGAUAAUUCUAGCUUCCAAUGGAACUGUUGGCUUCUAAGUUUCGUUUCAUUUUCACACCCCAAAAGUUGUUUGGUUCAUUCUCAUGAAGUAUAUUCCUCUCAAACAUGAAUUUGGGGUGAGAGGUGAGAAAGAUCAUUGCAAAUGAAAAGUGGGAAGAGAGAAAAAGAAAGAUGGAAGAACAAAAACAUGCAAAACUAGAAUGCUUCAUGACUGGGCAAAAGCCCUUGAGAAAAAAGGAAGGAUAGCAUUUAACAGCAACACCUUUGUCAUGAUGCACAAGCACACAAAAGACUUGUUUUUUCUUUUUCUGGACUAUUUUUUUGAAAUAAAAUCAA